AUGUAUAUGGCUUAUGGGUGGCCUCAGGUCAUCCCUCUGGAGCAAGGACUGUGCCCUUCUGUGCAGAAGAUUGUGUAUUUCAAACUCAUCAAUCGCCUGUGGCUUGUUGUUUCUCCUACUCAUUUUGAACUGUGGAACUCUUCUCAGCAUAGAGUGAGAUUGGGAAAGUACAAGAGAGAUUCGGAUUCGUUGAAGAGAGAAGGUGAAAACUUGCAGGCUGUGUGGAGUCCCGAUACUAAAUUAAUUGCUAUUCUUACAUCUUCUUUCUAUCUUCACAUUUUCAAGGUCCGAUUCUUGGAUAAAAAAAUACACAUUGGUGGGAAACAACCUUCUGCUUUGUCACUAGCUACUAUAUCUCUUCUUCUCAGUGAGCAAGUUCCUUUUGCAACGAAGAAUUUGUCGGUGAGCAAUAUUGUUAGUGAUAACAAACAUUUGCUGCUUGGACUUUCUGAUGGAACAUUGUACAGUAUGUCUUGGAAGGGGGAGUUCUAUGGAGCUUUUCAAUUUGAUCCAAAUCCUUCUUCUAGCUUUGAUGAUUCUCAAUUACCACAUUCUUUAGAGAACGGUGUUUGUCCUAAAGGCCUCCCAAAGGUUCCUAUGCCCAAUCACAUUAUUCCAAAAAAUUCUGAAAUCAAACAGCUGGAGCUCUCCCUUUCAUUGAGAAAAGAGGUUGCCUUGUGGGGACGCUUUUCUUUAUAUGAUUGGGGAUAUUCAAUGGAUGACACUGGCCCUGUUAGUUGCAUUGCAUGGACACCUGAUAACUCUGCUUUUGCAGUUGGGUGGAAAUUAAGGGGGCUUACAGUUUGGUCAGUUUCUGGUUGCCGCUUGAUGUCAACAAUCCGACAGAUAGGUUUAAGUUCUGUAUCUUCUCCAAUUACUAAGCCAAACCGUGAUUGUAAGUAUGAGCCGUUGAUGGGUGGAUCCUCACUGAUGCAGUGGGGUGAACAUGGAUAUAGACUUUAUGUUAUUGAGGAGAGAUCUUCAGAGAGAAUUAUUUCAUUCUCUUUUGGAAAAUGCUGUCUUAGCAGAGGUGUUUCUGGAACUGCAUACAUCCGGCAAGUGAUUUAUGGGGAAGACCGGUUACUCAUUGUGCAGUCAGAAGAGAUUGACGAGCUUAAAAUGCUGCAUCUUAAGCUUCCAGUUUCUUAUAUUUCCCAAAACUGGCCUGUUCAACAUGUGGCAGCUAGUCAGGAUGGAAUGUACCUAGCAGUCGCUGGUCUCCAUGGUUUGAUAUUGUAUGAUAUACGAUUGAAAAGAUGGAGAGUAUUUGGAGAUGUUACUCAGGAGCAAAAGAUUCAGUGUAAGGGCUUGCUAUGGCUGGGAAAGAUUGUUGUUGUCUGCAACUAUAUUGAGUCUUCCAACACGUAUGAAUUGCUGUUUUACCCAAGAUAUCACCUUGAUCAAAGCUCAUUGCUCUGUCGAAAACCAUUGCUAGCGAAACCAGUUGUGAUGGAUGUGUACCAAGAUUAUAUACUGGUUACAUAUAGACCAUUUGAUGUCCAUAUAUUCAAUGUUAAAUUAUUUGGUGAAUUAACUCCUUCAGGAAAUCCAAAUUUACAGCUUUCUGCAGUACGAGAACUUUCAAUUAUGACUGCCAAGAGUCAUCCUGCAGCAAUGCGAUUCAUUCCUGAUCAAAUCCCACGAGAGCCUAUUUCAAAAAAUUACAUUUCAUCUUCAUCAGAUUCAUUUAGUGGAGAACCAGCAAGAUGUCUGAUAUUGAGGUCAAAUGGGGAGCUUUCGCUUCUUGAUUUGGAUGAUGGUCGGGAAAGAAAUCUUACGGAUUCAGUUGAGCUUUUUUGGGUCACUUGUGGCCAGUUUGAGGAUAAAACAAAUUUGAUUGAGGAAGUUUCAUGGUUAGAUUAUGGUCAUCGGGGCAUGCAGGUUUGGUAUCCAUCUCCAGGUCCAAAUUCUUUCAAGCAGGAAGACUUCUUGCAGUUGGAUCCAGAGCUGGAGUUCGAUCGUGAAGUAUACCCUCUGGGACUUCUUCCGAAUGCUGGUGUAGUUGUUGGUGUUUCCCAGAGAAUGUCAUUUCCAUCAAGUGCAGAAUUCCCGUGUUUUGAGCCAUCUCCUCAGGCACAAACUAUAUUGCAUUGCCUACUUCGCCAUCUUCUUCAGAGAGACAAAAUUGAGGAAGCUUUAAGGCUGGCAGAACUAUCGGCAGAAAAGCCUCAUUUUUCACAUUGUCUAGAGUGGCUUCUUUUUACAGUAUUUGAAGCAGAUAUAUCGAGGCCAAAUGUAGACAAGAACCAGAUCUCAGUUCUUAAACAUGUAAAAACUCUUUUGGAGAAGACCUGUGAUCUUAUCCGAAAUUUUCCAGAGUACUUAGAUGUUGUUGUUAGUGUCGCAAGAAAAACAGAUGGUCGUCAUUGGGCAGAUUUGUUCUCUGCUGCUGGAAGAUCAACAGAAUUGUUUGAGGAAUGUUUUCAACGUAGAUGGUACCGCACUGCAGCUUGCUAUAUACUUGUAAUUGCCAAACUUGAAGGUCCUGCUGUGAGUCAGUAUUGUGCUUUACGGUUAUUACAGGCGACACUCGUUGAUUCUUUAUAUGAGCUUGCUGGGGAGCUGGUGAGAUUCUUGCUAAGAUCGGGUAGGGAAUAUGACCAUGCAUCAUCCGAUUCAGAUAAACAAUUGUCUCCCAGAUUUUUAGGCUAUUUUCUUUUUCGUUCUACUGAGCGCAAGCAAGCAUUGGAUAAAAGCCCCUCAUCCAAGGAACAAAGUGCUCAUGUCACCUCAGUUAAGAAUAUUUUAGAAAACCAUGCUAGUUACUUGAUGGCAGGGAAAGAGCUCUCCAAGCUUGUUGCAUUUGUAAAAGGAACUCAAUUUGAUUUAGUGGAAUAUCUGCAACGUGAAAGAUAUGGGAGUGCUCGGUUGGAGAAUUUCGCUUCAGGGCUUGAACUAAUAAGCCAAAAGCUUCAAAUGGAAACAUUACAGAGCCGAUUGGAUGCCGACUUUCUCCUGGCUCAUAUGUGCUCUGUCAAAUUUAAGGAAUGGAUAGUUGUCCUUGCUACUCUCUUAAGACGUUCCGAGGUUCUGUUUGACUUAUUCCGUCACGAUUUUCGGUUAUGGAAAGCUUACAGCAGCACCCUGCAGUCACAUCCAGCAUUUACUGAAUAUCAAGAUUUAUUGGAAGACCUGGAAGAGAAGCUUUCAUCUGUUACAAAUGAGGAAGAAGAAUGA